CAAAUAUCUAUCGUUUCAUCUUAUCAAUCAACUCAAGACCUACGAUGCUACGGCCACUGCGUCUUCUCCAUAAGAUGUGGCAGCUGCGCGUUCGAUCGCCCAGAAUCCAUUGCCAUAUGUCUACCGUACCAUUCCUCUCAGUGCCAAAUCCCGAUCUUGCGUCUCAGCCGAACCACCUGCGCAUCGUCCAUCACACACUUCAAACUUCUGGAAUUCUGCAUAUUCAACUCGCUCUUCCAGACAAAGACAGUCAUUACAUCCAGAACCUUGUCUUGGGCCUGCACAAACAACACGCCCACGGAUUACCAGUUACGCACAGUGCUGACCGUGGUUGGAUGUGGGACAUCCGGCCGAGUCCAGAAAGCUUCCAGAGUAACAACACUCAAGCUCGAUCUGAAACUAUGGAAGAAUUCCCCUGGCACACAGACUGCAGCUACGAGGAGUCUCCGCCCCGAUUCUUUGCUCUGCAGGUGCUACAGCCGGACCAAUGCGGCGGUGGUACCUUGUCAGUUAUGAACGUCGAUGAACUCCUUCCGCUGCUUCGUCCGUCGGCCAGACAAACUCUUUUUAGCCCUAGUUUUCGGAUCAGAGUUCCACCAGAAUUCGUCAAGGACAAAGGCAAAACUAGUAUUGUCGAUAGUCUCCUGGCAACCAACACCGGUGGCAAAUCUACUAAACUCCGCUUCCGGGAGGACAUCGUCACGCCGCUCUCAGAUAAAGCAGCCGAGGCACUAGCGGAGCUGAAAAGCGUCCUACUCAGCUCAGCAGUUAAAGCGCGGAUUCUUGACUUAACAGCCCAGAAAUUGUCUCGAGGAGCGAUCAUUCUCAUGGAUAAUGGGCGUUGGCUUCACGCACGAAGUGUGGUCAAAGAUCCAAAUCGGCAUUUGCGCCGAGUGCGUUAGGACGCCUGUCAAUUUGCUUCCCCUUCGCACACUGCACAUGCCGGAUUUCGGUUCGAUAAGGCUGCAAAGUUUGGCGGCCUGUAAUUCAAGCGCUAGCCGCUAUUUUUGGGGGGUUCUUUUCGCAAGUCUAAGAGAAAGGGGCAAAUCACGGCGCAGGAUCGCUGCUACGUAUACUAGCGUUCGGGUCGGUCCGCCGAUUGUCGAUCCUAGUUAUGCAGUGGCUCAAAUCCAUAGGCUAUCUGAUCAGCCGGAUCAUAAUUAUAGGUGUAUUUAGAUAGCGCAGUAAAUGGCAGGAUUAUAAUAAGAC